AUGAAUGGAUUUAUAGAGCGUAUGGAUGAGAGGAGGAGACAAAGAAGUCUCCGUGAUGAAGCAACACACUAUGGCGGAUCAGAGCUGAAGCAGAAGCAGCAGCAGCAGCAGCAGCAGCAGCAGCAAUUUCAGCAGCAGCUGCAACAGAAGCUGCAGCAGCAGCUGCAGCAGCAGCAGCAGCAGCAGCAUAUGGAAGCAGCAGGGAUGCAUGCAGGUCCAGUUCUCCAAUCAGAGGCUUCUACCUUUAGCACUGCUUCUACGAGCAGCUCUGCUUCUUUACGUGAGAGGGCAAGGAAGCUGCAGCAGGAGGCCCUUCUUAGUAGGGACCAAGCAACCUGUGUAAGAGGAGCGCAGCAAACCUUCCGUCUUAGGGUAGCAGAGAUGAGGGAGCAGCAAGCAGCAGAGCUGCUGCAGCAAGCAGAUCAACAAGAUCAUGAAGCAGCAGCAGCAGCAGCAGCAGCAGCAGCAACUAAUAGUCAUCAUCAACAGGGACAUACACAGGGACAUACAUCUGCAGGGGGCCCCUCAAUGGGGGGCCACUCAAUGGGGGGCCCCUCAGCGGGGGGCUCCACAGCGGGAGGCCACUUAGGAGGGGGCCCCCUAGGAGGGGGCCCCAUGGGGGGCCCCACAGACAGUCUAUCUCCUUCAUGCAGCGAGAGCCAAUUGAUGAAGUCUUGUCAUGAGCAGCUUAGCUCAGAGGCUGCUUCUGUAUCCCAAGAAAAUAGCCCCGCAGGAGCAGCAAACCCUGCAGAAGCAGCAGAUCAAGCACGUAUAGCUGAGCUUCUUGCUGCAGCAGCAGAAAGAAGAGACAAAGCAACAUGCGUAAGAGGAGGGAAGCAAAGGGCCCUUCUUGCUAUGGCAGAAAGACUAGAGAAUGAGGCACAUGAGCUUGCUGCUGCACUCAAGCAGCAGCAGCAGCAGCAGCAGCACCAGCAGCAGCACCAGCAGCACCAGCAGCCAAUGAUGCAUCAGCAUCAGAAGCAGCAGCAGCAGCAGCACCAGCAGCCAAUGAUGCAUCAUCAGCAGCAGCAUCAGCAGGCAAUGAUGCAUCAACAGCAGCAGCAGCACCACCAUCUCCAGCAGCAGCAGCAGCAGCAGCAGCAUGAUGAUCUUGCUUAUACUGCAAGAGACACAGAUCGAUUUGGUGGUAGCGAAGCUUCCUUCAACUCACAGGCAAGGCAAAAAUAUUACCCGCAGCAACAUCGGCAGCAGCAGCACCACCACCCGUAUCAGCAGCAGCAGCCUCAGCAGCAGCAGUAUUAUCAGCAGCAGCCUCAAGCAUGCAUGCCGCCGCAGCAGCAGCAGCAGUACCAGCAGCAGCAGCACCAUUACCAGCAGCCGCAGCAGUACCAGCAGCAGCAGCAGCAGUACCCGCAGCAACAUGGGGACAUGUCGCUGCAGCAGAGUUCAGGGGACCACCGUGUAAGCAUGCAACAACAACAGCAGCAGCAACAGCAGCAGCAGCAGCACCAGCAGCAGCAGCAGUAG